AUGGAGGAGGCCAUUAUCGAUCACUCCAUUUCUUUCUUCCUUUCUUUCUUCCUUUCUUUCUUUGUUUCUUUCUUUGUUUCUUUGCUUUUUGUUUGUUCCUUUCUUUCUAUUCACUGCAUUUCUUUGUUUGUUAGUUUCUUUGUUUGCUUGUUUGUCCGUUUGCUUCUUUCUUUCUUUCUUUCUUUCUUUCUUUCUAUCUAUUCACUCCAUUUCUUUCUUUCUUUUUCUUUCUUUAUAUUUAUUGCAUUUCUUUGUUUGCUUGUUAGUUUCUUUCUUUUUUCUUUCUUUCUAUCUAUUCACCCCAUUUUUUCUUUCUUUCUUUAUUUCUUUUUUCUUUCUAUUCACUGCACUUUUUUUUGUUUGUUUGUUUCUUUCUUUCUUUUUUUCUUUUUUCUUUCUAUUAUCUAUUCUGCAUUCUUUUUGUUUUUUUUUCUUUCAGUUUUUUGUUUGUUUGUUUCUUUCUUUCUUUCUAUCUAUCUAUCUAUCUAUCUAUCUAUCUAUCUAUCUAUCUAUCUAUCUCUCUCAUUGUAUUCGUAG